AAUUACAGGCAUGGCGUAAGGUUGGUACAAAAACGUUUUAUGACUUCAGAUUCUUUCAGUAUUCCAGUUAGCCAGGUGUUAAGAGGAAACUUUUUGAAACACCUAUCUUAGGUAAAACUUUCAAGAAGUUGAAAAUGUUGCAGUUUAUGCUGCUCUUUAGUCGGCAAGGGAAGUUACGGCUCCAAAAAUGGUAUGUGGCUCACCCUGACAAACAGAAAAAGAAAAUUACCAGGGAAUUAAUCACAACAAUUUUGGCAAGAAAACCAAAAAUGUGCUCUUUCUUAGAGUGGAAAGACUUGAAGAUUGUGUAUAAAAGGUAUGCCAGUUUAUACUUUUGCUGUGCCAUAGAUCAAGAUGAUAAUGAGCUUUUGACUCUGGAGAUAAUUCAUCGUUAUGUAGAACUGCUGGACAAAUACUUUGGAAGUGUGUGUGAAUUAGAUAUUAUUUUCAACUUUGAGAAGGCCUAUUUUAUCCUUGAUGAGUUACUUCUUGGAGGAGAAAUACAAGAAACCAGUAAAAAAAACGUUUUGAAAGCAAUUGCAGCUCAAGAUCUUCUGCAGGAAACCUCACCAUCUUCGUCUUUGCCUGACUGGAAUCUCACUGUGAUUCUCCAUGCUCUUACCUGGGAUCCUCUUGAACCGAGGAAACACCUCAGGGUUUUUUUGAAGACCAUGGCCUUGGUUAAGGGGAAUGCAUCAGAAGACUGUUGCUCUAAUGAGACCACUUUAGGUUUUGGAUAUUAAAAUUUAAACUUUAUUAAUGACCUAAAUUCAUGUUUGGGUAACAAAAUCAGUAUGGUCUUUAUUCAUUUCAUUCCAAGCAUAAUGUUCUCUACUGGAGUUAUAUAAAUAAAUAAAAAAUCUUGUACCACCCUUAUUUUUUAAUGUGAGAGUGUAGAAUUUGUUUAGAUAUUUAUACUCUUAGUUUGAGCAGAACUUACAUUGUGGAAACAAACUUGGAAGGACUGAGAAAAUUCAAACACUAUGAUGUAUUUCAAAAAGUUACUUAAUUUUUAAUCUAAAUAAAAGCAGCACCAGUAUUGUAUCACAUCUGAUUUUGUUAAUAAAGGUUUUGAAGAAUCAGAAAAA